CCAGAACCACCCGUUCUACAUCACCUGGCUUCUAAGUGUUCGCUGUGAAAAUCACCGACUCCAGUCCUCACUUCCAAUAUGGCAAAACUCAACCCAUCCCUUAUUCCAGCAGCUCUGUUCGUCUUCCUCCACAUAAUCGCUGACUGCCCAGAAGGCGUACAGUGCCAAGAUAGCUUCACACACGACCUAAAAAUCAGAUACUUUUCAGACGUGUCCUUGCUUUGCGACCACCCGGGGCUGAAUAUCACAGACAACCCGUCUACUGUAAAUUCCAUCAGCUGGGUGCUGCCAGACGGGACAACAAUUGACGCCAACAGCCUGCUCAACGACCGGAAGUACGUGCUAUCAGGACCAGACGAUGACGUCAGUCUUCCCACAAGAGACCGCCCGGCCUUCGACGCUUUCAACCUGACCGUUCUGAGAGUGGAUGAUGACGUAUUUGGCUACUACACAUGCGUCAUUGUCCGUAGCGUCACUCCAGGCAGUGGCGACGCGCCCAUCUCCGUCGUCCGUUGGGGUUUGAACGUCGACGGAGCAGAUUUCAGCGAGCUUUUGGAGACGUACAAGGAAAACGCCAUCAUUGGAGGCGCGGCGGCUGCUGGUAUGUUGGUGCUUGUCGGCGGAGGCUGUCUCUUCUACCACUGCCGCUACAGUAGCCGGAAGAGCGAUGGAGAUGCCAGCGACGAUGACGACGACAAAGAAGGCGUGACCAAUGGCGUGGCUCUCUCCUACAACAACGACGGCUUCAAGUCCUCCGACGUGGAGGUUAUAAACGUAGAAGUCACUGAGAAGUUGUAAAUCGGAUCUGAACUGACCUUCCCCCCAUUCCCCCACCCCCACCCCACCCCGUUUAUUUUAACAGACCCUAAUUCAUCAGUUGGGGGUU